GAGAUAAAUACCAAUAUUACACCUAUGCCUAUUGUUAUUUUAAUUUUAUAAUUGUCCUUUCCGGUAACAGCAGCAGCAGUUAUCAACGUAUAGGGCUUGGAUCCUAACAAUAAUAAUAAUUCGUUUCAUCAAUAGCUUUGCGGUUGUGAUAACAAUGUUCAAUGUUGUCGAUAGAUUAUUGUAUUUUGGCGUAGCGUUUGCCGUUUUACUUAAUUGUCAACACUAAUUAAAACGUUGCAUUAUUGUUGGUCACAAUUGUUUUUGCGUUUUGGUCAGUUAACUUAUCCGUAGAUUACUGUAAGUCGUGCGCUGGCCGCCGGGCGAGUUAAGGUUAGAUUUUUGUUGAAAAUACAAUAUCGACGGUAACGCGACACCAUCAAAUGGCCAGAUACGAUAUUCGUGGGAUUUGUUAGCCGUAUGGAUUACCACAUUCUUGUUGUCAUAAUACUUGAUCGUUAACUGAUAGAUUGCUAAAAAAAAUAAGCUACACGAUGUCGAGAUCUCUCGUACCCAGUCAACAGAAAUUAGCCGAAAAGCUCAGUCUGAUCAAUGACCGUGGAGUGGGCAUGCUAACCAGAAUAUACAACAUUAAAAAAGCUUGCGGUGAUGCUAAAUCUAAACCUGCAUUUUUAUCAGACAAAACGUUGGAAUCGGCAAUCAAAUACAUAAUCAGAAGAUUUCCAAACAUUGAUAUUAAAGGACUACAAGCAAUAACACCUAUACGCAAUGAAAUUAUCAAGUCAUUGUCAUUAUAUUACUAUACAUUUGUCGAUCUGCUCGAUUUUAAAGACAAUGUAUGUGAACUUUUGACUACUAUGGAUGCUUGCCAAGUCAAUCUCGAUAUUACAAUUAAUUAUGAGCUAACAUGCGCCUACUUGGAUUUAGUUACAACAUACGUAACACUCAUGAUACUAUUAUCAAGAGUAGAAGACAGAAAAGCUGUUCUUGGAUUAUUUAACGCUGCUCACGAAAUGGUUCACAACCAAAGUGAUCUCAGUUUUCCACGUCUGGGCCAAAUGAUCGUCGACUAUGAUCCUCCUUUAAAAAAGCUCACAGAAGAAUUCAUUCCUCAUACAAAACUACUAUAUUCAGCUUUGAGAUCUUUGUGGCCGAUUUAUAUCAAUAGAAAUUUAUCAGCAGAUAAAUGGAGAUCUGAUCAAAAGUUAAGUUUGGUGAGCAACCCAGGCUUUUUAUUAAAACCUUCUCAAACAGAAACCAUUUCUUGCGAGUAUUUAUCGUUAGAGACAAUGGAAAAAUGGAUUAUUUUUGGCUUUUUAUUAUGUCAUCAAGCUCUUAGUCAAGAACAAGCAAAUAAAUUAUGGUUAAGUGCUUUAGAAUCAAAUUGGGUUAUAGCAUUGUUUCGAGAUGAGACAAUAUUUAUUCACUCAUUUAUUCAAACAUUUUUUGAAACUAUCAAAGGGUAUAGCAAACGAGUGUCAGAAAUAAAAGAUGCAUACAGUCAUGCUACACAAAAAGCUGUGUACAGACAUCGAGAAAGAAGAAAGUAUUUGAGAACAGCUUUAAAAGAGUUAGGUCUCAUUCUUACCGAUCAACCUGGCCUACUUGGGCCAAAAGUACUGCUAAUAUUUAUUGGACUAAGCUUCGCUAGAGAUGAAAUUUGUUGGCUAUUACGACAUAGUGACAAUCCACCACUUCAAAAAAACAAAGGGAAAUCAUCAGAAGAUCUUGUUGAUAGGCAACUUCCAGAGUUGUUAUUUCACAUGGAAGAAUUAAGAAUGCUUGUGCGAAAAUAUAGCCAAGUUGUUCAACGAUACUACGUGCAAUAUUUAACUGGAUUUGAUGUGGUUCAAUUGAAUCAAACACUACAGAGUAUGCCUGGUUUUCCUGAAGAUGAAAGUGUUAUUUUGUCGUCAUUGAUCAACAUGGUUUCCAAUCUUUCCGUCAAACAAGUUGAGGAUAAUGAGCUUUUCGAUUUCCGAGCUUUACGUUUGGACUGGUUCCGUUUUCAAGCGUACACUAGUGUCAGUAAAGCUCCGGUCUCAUUGCUGGAACACAGAGAGUUGGCAUCAUUAUUAGAUACAAUUUUCUUUCAUACAAAAAUGGUCGACUAUUUAGAUGAAAUGAUGGUGGAAACAUCAGAUUUAUCAAUAUUUUGUUUCUACAAUAAAAUGUUUGAAGACCAAUUUCAUAUGUGUUUGGAAUUCCCAGCACAAAACAGAUACAUCAUCGCUUUCCCAUUAGUUUGCAAUCACUUUCAGAGUUGCACACAUGAACUUUGUCCAGAAGAGAGACAUCAUAUUCGUGAAAGAAGUUUAUCAGUCGUUAAUAUGUUUUUGGAUGAAAUGGCGAAAGAAGCAAAAAAUAUCAUCACUACAAUAUGUGAUGAACAAUGUAAUAUGAGUGAUAAGUUACUUCCCAAACAUUGUGCUCUACUAAUAUCGCAAGUGGUAAACAGAAAAAAGAAAGACAAAAACAAGAAAAAUGGAUCUAGCGAAAUUGAAAAACCUGGUAUUGAGAGUUUCCGAAAAACUCGUGAAGAACUUACAACAAUGGACAAAUUACAUAUGGCUCUCACCGAAUUGUGUUAUGCCCUCAACUAUUGUUCUACAAUAAAUGUAUGGGAGUACACAUUUGCUCCUAGAGAAUAUCUACAUCAACAUUUGGAGAAUAGAUUUUCUAGGGCUCUCGUGGGUAUGGUCAUGUUUAAUGCUGACACUGGUGAAAUUGCUAAGCCAUCAGAACUCUUAGCUAGUGUAAGGGCGUACAUGAACGUUUUACAGACAAUUGAAAACUAUGUGCAUAUUGACAUAACAAGAGUUUUUAAUAACGCAUUGUUACAACAAACUCAACAGCUAGAUAGUCAUGGAGAAAAAACUGUCGCAUCGUCGUACACUCAGUGGUAUUCUGAGGUGUUAUUAAGACGAGUGAGUGCUGGUAACAUAUGUUAUUCAAUGAACCAAAGAGCAUUUGUAAGCCUGACAGCAGAAGGUGCUAUUCCGUUCAAUGCUGAGGAAUUCUCAGAUAUAAAUGAAUUACGUGGAUUGGCUGAGCUCGUUGGACCAUACGGUAUGAAGUUGCUAAACGAAACAUUAAUGUGGCAUAUCGCUAGUCAAGUUCAAGAAUUGAAGAAAUUGGUAGCAAGCAAUAAAGAAGUAUUGUUAGCCCUACGGACCAAUUUUGAUAAACCAGAAAUUAUGAAAGAACAAUUUAAGAAACUUCAGCAUGUCGAUAAUGUGCUUCAAAGAAUGACGAUUGUCGGAGUCAUUUUGAGUUUCCGACAGCUAUCUCAAUCGGCUCUCGUUGAUGUUCUAGAAGAGAGAGUGCCGUUUUUGCUGAGUUCUAUAUUGGAUUAUCGUAUGAAUUUGCCAGGAGGUGAUACAAUGGUGGUUAGUGAAAUGGCGUCAGCAGCUGGACUUGCUUGUAAAGUUGACCCUGCUUUGGCCAAUGCACUAAAAAAUCAAAAGAUGAGUGAUGAAGAUGAACACUUAUUGGCGUGUCUAUUAAUGGUUUUCGUAGCCGUCUCUAUACCAAAACUAGCGCGGUCAGAAAAUUCUUUCUAUCGAGCAUCUUUAGAAGGUCAUGCAAACAAUAUACACUGUAUAGCAUUGGCCGUGAACAAUAUAUUUGGUGCUCUAUUUACUAUUUGUGAACAAGGAGACAUUGAAGAUCGUAUGAAAGAAUUUUUAGCGUUGGCUUCGUCUAGUUUGCUACGUCUCGGACAAGAAGUUGACAGGGAGGUAACAAAAAAUCGGGAAUCCGUUUAUUUAUUACUGGACCAGAUUGUCCAAGAAUCGCCUUUCCUCACGAUGGAUUUGUUAGAGUCUUGUUUUCCAUACGCACUAAUAAGGAAUGCAUUUCAUGCCGUGUAUAAAAUAGAACAUUCCCAAGUGUAAAUCAUUAUUUUAAGUAUAUAUAUAUAUAUAUUUUAAAUUUAGUCAUAUCACUCAAUGACUGUUAAUUAUUGGCCAUAACUAUUAUUUUCAUAAUUUAUUUAUACUUUCUAUUAAGUCGUAAAAUAUAUAUAGACUUGCGUGUUAAGUUUAUGUCAAAACUGUGUUUUAUGUCAAAAUAAGGUUGCAUUUGUUUUCAAAUAAUCAAACAAAAAUUAUUUUAAAAAAAAAAUAUUGAAAUACCAAAUUUUAACA